AUGGAAGAUAAUGAGAAAGGAAACCCUCAAUUAUGUCCACUCUAUCCGCCUACUCUCCAAGGUAAUGGACUUCUUGACAUGUCAUCGAAAAUGGAAUGGAAAGAUAUUGAGCAACGUAUCGAACAUGUGCAAACAGGUGGAAUUUACUCUCCAAGUGACUGUACACCUCGACAACAUCUUGCUAUUAUAAUUCCAUUUCGUAAUCGUGAAUAUCAACUUAAAAUACUUUUACAUCAUCUUCAUCCAUUCUUACAACGACAAAAACGAUCCUAUCGAAUAUUUGUUGUUGAACAGUUCGGCAAUGGUACCUUUAACAAAGGUUUAAUCAUGAAUAUAGCAUUUAAUCAUGCAUCAAAAAUAUCUGCACCAAUAUUCGAUUGUUUCAUGUUUCAUGAUGUUGAUCUUAUACCUGAAAAUGACUAUAAUGUAUAUGAAUGUGAUCAACAUGGACCAAGACAUCUAGCACCAGCGGUUGAUGAAUUACGUUAUUUUUUGAUGUAUAAUGAUUUAAUUGGUGGUGUUCUUGCUGUAACAAAAGAUCAAUUCAUUAAAGCAAAUGGUUGGUCGAAUUUAUAUUGGGGUUGGGGAUUCGAAGAUGAUGGUGAGUAUAUGAAUCACAGAUUACGUCAUGCGGGUUAUCGUAUUAAUCGACCACCUAAUAGCGUUGGCCGUUAUAAAAUGAUUCGUCAUGAGAAACAAGUAGCUGCAUUUAACAGAUACGAUACACUAAGUAAAUGGCUUCGUUAUUCUUCUGAUGGCAUUCAACAACUUGAUACACUGAAUUAUUCGAUCGUCAGCAUAGAGACACGUUCAUUGUACACUCAUAUCUUAGUCAAUUUUACGCGUUUAGCUACAAAAACUAUCGAUCAUUUGCUAGAGGAUUUGCCAAAAGUCAAAUAA